UGAAAGCUUGAAAGAAGAAUAUCUACUACAAUGAAGUCAUUACAGCUGAUUUCACUGCUAAUAUGCAUUUUCUCUUACUUAAAAAUAGUGCAAGCACAAGCCGACUGCGGCGUGAAUGGAGCGCAACUAGCAAAUCUUAAUACAGCGUGUAUAUGUAAAUCGAGCUAUUCGGGUGCUAACUGCGAGACAUCUUACACAGAUCCGGCCACAAAUUGCCCAGCAUCCUGGGGAGCCACGAUGGUGGACGGUGCUCUGAAUGUAGAUACAAGUGGUAAUUUGGCGACGCAAGAGACGCUCGUUACCAGUGAGUUCAUCAGGUGGGCGGUAUCGAUACCUGUAAACUCUGAUAGAACUUAUACCGAUGUGAUAGUGGGUACUUGUGUAGACGGUACCAGCCUUGCAGAAUUCACACACGCAGCUAUGUCUUGUUUUGAUGUGCUUUACUUUCAGAUGGCAGUAACAGAUUUGAGGUCAUGCGGAUUCUCCUAUGAGAACUCGAUAGUGGAUAACAUACAAUAUGCCAAUUACACAGAACAAAUUGAAAUACGAUAUACUGAGAAAACUGAACUAGCUGGCAAUAUACUUGAUCGAACAGCAAACGUGUACUUGCCUACGAGCGUCUUACUACAGAAUCAAAUUACAGUUACUGCGACCGCCGUGGAAGUGUAUUCGCCAUUCCAAAUAAGCUCUGCGCUAGUCACACAGAAAAUAUCACCGGGGGCUUCUGCAUCGUAUCUUACACUAGCCUAUGCUCUAAGUCUCCCCUAUGCUGUAAUCUCCAUGAAUGGGGAUAUAGCUGCCGACGGCGGUAAUCUGAAUGUUGCUACAUUAUGUACAGCCGAUGCCGGCGUAACGCCAUGUGGAGGAGCAGGAUUCCCGGCCGACCCAUGUACAUUGGCCGACUACGACAACAACAACAAUGGCUGUAUAAGACUAGCAUACAUACAGAUAUUACACGGUCAGUGUGAACUGACAGGGUCUUAUAUCAUCGACAAUGUGGUAAUCGACUGCUACCAGGAUCUCCCCGAAGAAGAUUGCCCAAUCAACCAAGCUAACGCUGAUACAACUAUAGUAUUUUCGCUCGAGACUGAAAACUUCUGCACAGGAAUGUCAGGACAAGUUAUGAUAAAUGAUGCAGUGAGCAUUGAGCGGUUCAUUUUCGUAGACCCAGAGAAUAGAGAACGAGGCGGGAUCGCCUGGAGUUACGUAGACUCUCAGGGGAAUACAGUGAACAAACCGGACGCCGAUACACCUAUAGAGGCGUUGGAGUGGGGUGCACCGUUCUUCGGUCGAGUAGAUUUCACGGGGCUGAAAGUGUACGCGGUAGAUCUGGUCAGCAGCCAAAUUCAAUUAUACGGUAAUACAGGGUUUUCACCGACCACCAAUCCGCCCGUUUGGAGCGACCAAGUUGACGUGGAUCCACUUGAUUAUGUAUACACACGACCUGUGGCGGGGUACGAAGACACCCUCGCAUGUAAGCAUCUGGGACUAUGCUUCGCCACUCAGUCGUUCCUGAUUCAGCACACGCUGGGUUCGACACUUUUAGAUACAUUGCCCAAUCCCGGACUGGGAUACUCUAUUUCCAUGGAGCUUCGCUUGUUGUUGGACGUAUCAUACGAGAUAGAUGGCGCAUUUGCCGGUGUGCGAAGGCGCAGACAGCUGAGCAGCGUAGGGAACGGUCCAGCAAUUGCAAGCACCGGCGCAGAUAUGUUGGGGCGUGAUGUUGAUAGCAUUGAGAGUGGAGCUUUCAAUGCUGCUGAGAAAACAGCCCCGUCACGCUUGGCGGCGUUGUGUCUGGUCAGUCUGAUCUCAAUCUUCAUAAUAUGUUAAAGUGAUCUAAGGGAAGUCGUAGCAGCGAUGAGGCGGACGUUUCUUUUAAAACAAGGCCUGGUGUUAAAAAAUAUAUCAAGGGAUGAGCACUUUCUCGACUGAGAAAACGGCCCUGAAUACCGCACGCUGCUAGCGAAGAGCAAAUAUUAGUUUCUAAAAACAAAGCAAUGAAUAUGAAUGGCUUGAAUGCAGUGCAUCAG